AGGGUGCAACUUCCCCCCUCCGCGGCCCCUGGUUUCUGGGCGCCUCCCCUCGCGCCCAGCUUCAGGCUUCGCCUUGCGUGGAGGAGCGCACGCCAUGGCCCCGCGGCUCACCGCCUGGCUGCUGCUGCAGGUGGCCCUGCUGCUCCACGCCGCUGAGGCCCAAGGGUCCAACCAGUUCCGAAUGUCGCCGCAGAAGGUGGUCGCCGGAGUGGGCGAUAAGGUGACGCUGCGCUGCGAGGUGCUAGUACGCAACGUGCUGCCGGGCUGCUCUUGGCUCUUCCAGCCGCGCGGCGCCACCCGCAGUCCCACCUUUCUCAUGUACCAGUCGGGGUCGCAGCCCAAGCUAGCCUCGGGUCUGGACGAGAAGCGAUUCAUGGGCGCCAAGAGCAGUAACACCUACACCCUCACUGUGAACGGCUUCCGCGAGCAGGACGAAGGCUACUAUUUCUGCUCGGUCGUCGCCAACACGGUUCUCUACUUCAGCCCCCUCCUUCCCGUCUUUCUGCCAGCUGCACCCACCACGACGCCUGCUCCGCCUCCCACCACGCAGGCACCCAGCGCGUCGUCCCGGUCAGUGAGCCCCGAGACUUGUGUGCUCUCCAAGGGCAGCAAAGCGAACACGAGGUGGCUGGAUCUUACCUGCGACGUCUACAUCUGGGCGCCCUUGGCCGGGACUUGCGCGGUCCUUCUGCUGUCCCUGGUCCUCGCUGUCGUCUGCCUCCGCAGGAACAGACAUCGUGUUUGCAAAUGUCCCAGGCCUCAAGCCAGAUCUGGAGGCAAGCCCAGCCCUUCGGAGAAAUUCGUUUAACAUGGCACUGGCCUGUGCAACAGCCACUACAUGACUUCCUACUGGGACCGUUCCUUGGAGAUCAAGUGCUUCUCUUUUGGGUUUUCCAGUCUUCCUGUGUAUUCAUUCUCAUUAUUUAGUUGGGGUGGGGUGAGUUACUUUUUCUUCAUGUUAUUUACUUUGACAAAAAACAAAACCAUUUAGUGUCUACAGUUCACAAUGAGUCACAAUGCCAUUGCACAUACUGGGGGAUGUGGGUAGGAAGCCAGGUUCUGAGAUGCUGGAAUUCACUUUUCCACACACUUGAGGGCCAGCGGCACCCUAUGGCCAUCCUUCCCUAAUUACUCCCAUCUACCCACAUGGGUUCAGGUACCACUCUACGAGCAUUCUAUAUAAACCCAGGUCAAAGCACAUGCAGCCCCUUUUUGAGCCCAAAAGCCUGAGUUAUCAGCACCACCUGCACUGUUCCUUUUCUGUUGUCCAUUUCUGUUUGUGACCUUCAAUAAACACAGCUGCUUUUCCC